AUGAGAAAUGUAAAAGGUGGAGUUUGGAAAAAUACAGAAGAUGAAAUUUUAAAAGUUGCAAUUAUGAAAUAUGGUUUAAAUCAGUGGGCUAGAAUUUCAUCAUUAUUAACUCGUAAAUCACCAGCACAAUGUAAAGCAAGAUGGCAUGAAUGGUUAGAUCCAAGUAUUAAAAAAACUGAAUGGAGUAAAGAAGAGGAAGAGAAACUUUUACAUUUAGCUAAAAUAUUUCCAAGUCAAUGGAAAACAAUUGCACCAUUAGUUGGUAGAACUGCAUCCCAAUGUUUAGAACGUUAUAAUAGAUUAUUAGAUGAAGUUCAAAGACAGCAGGAUAAUGAAAAUGGUGGUGGUAGUGGUGGUGGUGGAACCACUACUACUACAACUACUACAACAGGCGAAAAUGAUCCACGUCGUUUAAGAAUGGGUGAUAUUGACCCAACACCAGAAACUAAACCAGCAAAACCCGAUCCAAUUGAUAUGGAUGAAGAUGAAAAAGAAACAUUAUCAGAAGCAAAAGCACGUCUUUCAAAUACUCAAGGUAAAAAAGAGAAAAGAAAAUUUAGAGAGAAACAAUUAGAAGAAGCAAGAAGAUUAGCAUUUUUACAAAAGAAGAGAGAAUUAAAAGCUGCUGGUAUAAAUUAUAAUCCAAAGAAAAAAGGUAAAGAAAAAAGUUGGGAUAUUAGUAAAGAGAUACCAUUUUAUUUAAAACCAAAGGCAGGAUUUUAUGAUGUACCAGAUGAAGAGUUACGUGAUGAACCAAAUAAGGAUGCAUCAUUUAUUGGAAAGAGAGUUGAUCAAAUUGAAAAUCCAAACUAUUUACAAAGACAAGAGAAAUUGAAUAAAUUGGAAGAUAUUAAAAAGAGUAAAAAAGAAAUCUUUAAUUUACCACAAUUGAUUUCAGAGACUUCAAAAUCAAAUGAUGUAGAGCAUUCAAUUAAAAGAACGAAAUUACAAUUACCUGAACCACAAUUAACUGAUGAUGAUAUCCAAGAGAUUUCAGAUUAUGAGAAAUUAAAUGGUAGUGGUAGUGGUGGUGGUAGUGGUGGUGUUGGUGUUGGUGAAUUCCCAUUACCUGCACCAAGAACUGCUUCAAUUUCUUCAACUGCUGCAAACAACAAUACAAAUAAUAUUAGAACACCAAUGAAACAAGAUACAAUUAUGAGUGAAGCUCAAAAUCUAUUAGCAUUAUCAAAUGCACAAACACCAUUAAAGGGUGGUGCUGGUCCAAAUGUUUCACAAACACCAUUACCAAAGAGUGUAAAUAAUUCCACACCAUUUAGAACACCAAAUCCAUUAGCAAAUCAAACACCAACACAACAUAAUAAGAAACAAAGUUUAAAUGAUAGUAAUGAAUUUGCAAUUGAAGAUAAAUUUAAGAGACAACAAGGAAAGAAUCAAUUAUUAUCAAAUUUAAAGAACUUGCCAUCACCAACCAUUGAAUAUAAAUUAGAAUUACCAUCGGAACUACCAACCAUUGAGGAUGAUACUACAUUGGAAUUGGAUAAUUCAGAAAUUCACAUUAGAGAACAACAACAACUUAAACAUAAGGAACAAUUUAAAUUAAGAAAUAGAUCAACUGUAUUAAAAAGAAAUUUACCAAGAUCAAGAAACUUAUUCCCAAUUAAUAAAAAUAAUAACAAUAACAAUAACAAUAAUAUUAAUCAAGAUGAAUUAAGAAUAUUAAAAGAAAUUAAUAGAAUUAUCUCUCAUGAUAAUAAAACUUUCCCAAAUGAUUCAAUUACACCAUCAUCAACAUUUGAUGAUGAUGAUGAUGAUGAUAAUCAUCAUCAUCACCAUGAUGACAUUGACAAUAACAGCAUUAAUGAUAAUGAUGAAAAAUAUGAGAAUUAUGAUUAUUUUACAAAUACCGAAUUGGAAUUUGCUGAUAAAUUAAUUCGAGAUGAAAUCGAACAAAUCAAACAAGAAUUAAAACAACCAUUACCAAGUAGUAAUGAGAUUUUAGAAGAAAUUGAUCAAAUUAGAUCACAAUUUAUUUAUUUACCAAAAGAAAAUCAAUUCAUUGAAAAAUCAAAUGCAAAUCAAACUCAAUUAAUUGAAAAUUUACAAUUCGAAUAUGAUAAAACAUUAAAUAAAAUUAAAAAUUCAUCAAUGAAAUCUGUAAAUUUAGAAAAGAAAUUAAAUAUUUACAAUGGUGGCUAUCAAAAUAGAUCAAAUACAAUCAUUAAAAAUAUUGACGAUAUGUUUGACCAAUUGGAGCAAUCAGAGAUUGAAUAUCAAUGUUUUGUGGCUUUAAAAAAUAAUGAAUCCAUUCAAAUGGAGAAACGUUUAAAAUCAAUUGAAAAUCAAGUUUAUGAUCAAUGUGAAAUAGAAAGUAGACUCCAACAAAAAUAUGCUCAACUUUUAAAUGAAAAAAAUUUAUUAAAAAAGAAAUUAUCGAUAUUUUAA